AUUUGUAAGAUCUCCCGCAGAUGCAUGUCGUCAUCUUUGAACAUUAUCUGCUCAGGCGCACCUGAAGAGUCUUGCUCGAGCAACACAUCCAUAUAAGCCGCCAAUCGCCACGCAAGUGUACCAAUUCUCAUAUGGAGACCUUGAGACGUAAUGAGCGACAUCUGCCUUCGUUCUGGAGUCCCAUACUCGCCGAGGAUCGGAAAAAAUGGUUCAAGAUGACUUCGCUCUUCAUGGUUCUGUUGACGGCCAUCAUCUUUGGAAUUCUGUCCAUAUACUGGGGAGCCGUUCACAGCCUGCAAUUCAAUUUGGAUGUCGCCACGGUGACGAUUAUUGAUCUUGAUGGUGGCGAGAUUGGUCAAGCUAUCCAAGCCUUCGGCCAAGCAAGCCGUAGCGCCACUCCAAAAGACACGCUCGGAUACGUGUCACCAGGCGUCAAUCAAUAUCCGACACAGGAAGCUGCUCUCAAAGCGCUGCAGAAUGAAGACUUCUGGGUUGGCAUUGUUGCUGUACCUGGAGCGACAGAUCGAAUGAACACUGCGCUGACCACUGGAAAUAACAGUUAUAAGCCUAAUGAAGCUCUCCAGGUCUUGUAUCAAGAAGGCCGCAACGCACUCAUCAUUUCAGAGCUCAUUCUGCCAAAGCUCACUACAUUCUUGAACGAGUUUGUCUCCAAUUUCACGACCAACAAGCAGUCGUCUUUACUACAGCAGAAUGAAGGAAAUGCUGCGGCCUUGGCGACUCAGCUAAGAACACCAAUACCAGUCGGCUUCACUCUUGUCAACAAGGCUCCAUACAUGCCCACCACCGCAGAAGCAUCGACUGAGAUUGGAUCAAUUUACAUUAUCAUUGCUUCCUUCAUCACUGUCAUUAUGUUCGAACAGCUCUUUCUGCAAUUGCUCGGCAAAGUGGGGACUAGGACAUUCUAUCUUCUGAGAAUGGCGGCCUUGCCCGUGAUCUUCCUGCUCCUUUCUGCGAUCUAUCUUCUCCUUUCAGUCGUUUGGCAAGUACCUUUCGACCGUCAUUACGGUACAGCAGGCUAUGUCAUCUACUGGCUGCUCAGUUGGUGUGGUAUGAUCAGUUUCGGUCUGACGAUUAGCAACGUGAACGAUUUGAUUGGCCAGCCAUUCACUGCAGUCUUCUUCGUCUUCUGGGUAGUCAGUAAUGUUACUGCAGGUUUCUAUCCGAUUGAGUUCCUCAGUAACUUUUACCGUUGGGGACUUGCUUGGCCUUUCAGGCAUUUGCUGACUGGCAGCAAAGCAGUCAUUUUCGGCACUAAGAACACCCUUGGCCUGAAUUUCGGUGUCAUCAUCGCCUGGAUUGCCGUUGGGUUGUUGGUUCAACCGCUUGCAAUCUUCCUCUGGAUGCGCAAGAACAAGGCUCGAGUCGAGCAGAAUCGCAAUGAUGUUUUGAAGAGGACCAAAGAUGUGCGACAAGACACUUCGAGCAUCAGUGAGAGCAUUUAGGUUUGCUGAUCUAAAUUUUUAGAAAGCGUUUGGGAUCCUGCUUUAGUAUUUACCGAGUGUCAGAAGAGCAUGUUGUACAGAACUGUAGCACCAAGUCAUUUGAGUUAGCCAUCUGAUCGCAUCAACUAAUCUUCAGCCAACCAGAGACCGCCUUCGGGCUAACCCGACUCUGGGCAACUGCUACAGCUCUGCGUCUUCCCUUCAAUCGUCUCUGGAAGACACUCUUGCUUCAUCCAUUCGCGAGGUUCUUUGUCCAUUUUGCAGAAUGUCUCUUAUAUUUAGAGGACGGAUCUGUCACUCCUUAGCUUCUGACCAGCUAGAGAUCAUUCCUGACGGUCUUCUUGGCGUCAAGAAUGGUA